AUGGUUCGUAUGACACGUGCAAUGCGUGCAACCAAAUUCCAGGGAUUGUUUGAGGAUGGCCUGGAUUUGCUAUCUCGUUCCGUGGACAGACGGGUGGUCAGGGAGCUUCCGCAAUCAAUUCAGGCUGUCCAACAGAAACAGAAACUGUUGUUGGGUGUCGUGAGCUUUGGUCUGAGUGCAGAAGACCAGGAUUUUGUCUUGAAGACUUUCAACGGACGGUGGGAUGAGGAGGUCGACCAGACGGGACGAUGGCAGCACUGGUGCUGCGGGUGUUGCCCGAGCCACGAGGCAUGUGUCCAUCGUUGCCGGGAAGCCUUGCGACUUCUCUUCGAGAAAUUUCCUCAAGUGCCUCUCCUCUACCGGUGGAAGGGCUGGACUGAAUGCCAGAACUACACGACGCGUGGAGUACUGAUUCAUAACUUCAUGUCACUCUUGAUCAGACGCUGUUGCAGCAAGCAAAGCCAAGAAACCGUUGACAUGCAGGCAAUGGAUGAAGACGCUCCCGAUUUGUCUUAUUCUGCUCGACAGGAAAUCCGAAUGAGCAAGACUUUGGCACUUGUGACAUCGCCAAACAUUCGGGCAGAUCUUGGCAAAUCAAUGCUGGUACACUGGCCUAUCGCAUCAUUGAUGGACUUCAUUUCAUAUGUGGAAACUUGCCGUGACCGGUUGCAGAUGCGGUCUCGUUCCCUUGCCCUCCCAGAGAGUGCUUGCACGUGCACAGAGCAAGACCUGUGCCAGAUGAACUGGGCUUUGUUUUCUGGGCAGAAAGGUCUUGAGGCUGUCAAGGAGUUUACUACUGUGCUGCUUGCGCCUCCCAGUGAUGACAUUUACGAAGCGUGCAACAUUACCUUUGCAUCUGUUCUGCCUCAUGUAUUCCCCACCAUGUGUGAUACAUGGAGGAGACUGUGGCUGCCUGCUCAGAAGCAGAAAACCCAAUUGCUUGGGGUCGGUUUGAUGACACGGGAACAAGCAACACGCUUCUUCAAAGAUCUAUCGAAACUGGACCUUUGUUGUGCGGGCGACCCUUUCGUGCGAGUUGCUUUGCAUGUUGCUGGGCAAGGUGACAAUGCACAAGGAGUACAGCAGCUUGUGGAUUUGCUCAGGGAUGCAUUGGUAUUUAUGCCGGCCUCUUCAGUGAAUGUUGAGAAGCUUCACAGCAACACACAGCAGACUGCGACAGCGCAUCGUGCUGGUAGAUCAGAAAAGACCCUGCAGCUUCACACCUACGUCAUGGCCACACGCUUGGAACAUCAACGGAUGAAGAAAGCUGCUGAAGACGAGACGUUAGGGGUUUCCAGAAGAAGGGCAGGUAGGUUGCUUGCCGGACGGGUGGUGGCACGGUCUAUGCCUGGCAGCACAUCAGCUCGCAUCCGCGACGGUGCUGCGGCCAAGAAGACACGACGUGUCUCUGCCUUCAAUGCGUUCCAGCAGGCGAAGAUGAAAGGUAAAUCGGUGCGUGUGGGUUCAUCGGCAUACAAUGAUCUGCUGCAGAUGGUGAAGCUAGAGUGGAACGGGAUGUCCGAGGAAAGUCGUGCACCUUACGCAGCACAGGCGCAUACGCAGAACCUGGCCCGAGCAGUGGCGGCCAAACAAACCUUGAGGGAUAUCGAAAGCAAAAAAACCCCAGCUUCCGAUGCGCUGUCGUCUGCGCAGCUCAAGCGCUUGGGGCAGAAACAACUGAAUCAGUCGUUGCAAGCCCUGGCCACUCAUCCAGUCUGGGACACUGGAUUGGGGAUCUCUGAUCACAAUGCUGCAUUGAAGCCCAGCCUCGUUCAAGCUGUUGACCCUGACUCUACGGUGAUGGAAGCCUUCGAGUAUAUGCCGGUUGCAGAGCCGAAUCCAGCUGAGAUGCCCCAUAUCUUCUGUAGCUGUGCAGAGUUGCAUCCAGGUGUUUGCAAAAGCGAGACUGGUUUGUUUUCAGAAGUGGUGACCAUGGUGCAGCAGUUCCAGCGUUGCUUGGAAGUGUACAAGAUCCAGGGGGUAGCUCUUUUCCGAAUACAGGUCCUGCCGAGCUCCUCGUCCUCUUCCUCUUCCACGGGGGGUAUCCUGGAGCCGCUGUGGUUGCUGAUGGGCUGUGUCAGCAAGCGACCGCUGUCGCAUGUCAUGGGAAGACUGGUUCCCCACAGGCAUGUUGCAGGGGUCUUGACCCCGCUCGUUGACGACUCUUUGUGGCAGCUACAGACGCUUCAUGGCAUUCUACGUGAGAUUGCCAAGAAGGUUCUCGCGGAGACAUCAUCAUUGGGAAACUUGCGCAUUGGUUGCCACUGUCACUCUUAUGAAGCAGUGGGCUGUGAUGAGGCACCGAAUCACCUUCGGGCCGGUGCGGCUUUCGCUGUCUUUGAGCUUGGCCCCGGAGUGACUUUCGUUCCGAAGCCUGCACGACAGGCUGCGUCUUCAGUGCUACCAUUUGGGAUUUCCAUGGAUAAGGCAUCUGGGAGGGGACGUGGACGUGGCCGCGGCCGCGGCCGUCAGUCCAAGGCUACGCCUUCUGCUGAACCUAGCAACAAGGUUGAGAUGGAAGCAGCAGCCGAGCCAGAGGCACAAGAGGAUUCUUGUCCUGAGGAUGGCGAGCCUCCUGUAGCAGCUGCGGCUUCCUUUGCUUUUGAGAGAAUGCAGAAGCAUGACGCAAGGCCGCUUGCUAUGGAAUGCUUAGCAAGUGAUCUUGAGCAGGAGGUGGCAGCUACAGCAUGGUCAGUUGCCAAUCAGAUCCGUGACCUCGAUGCGGAGGCUUCUGGAGAGUCGUCCAAUGUGCAUUUCGAGAUUGCUCGGGCUCGCAGCCGUGACGCUGUUGUUGCUGAUUCUCGUGAUGGCGAUGCUGAGCCCAGUGUUGGGGCUAGCUCAGCUUCAAACCCUGGCCAGAUUCCCUUCAACACCAGACUUGGUGUGACAGGAUGUAGCAUUGUCCAGAGGCGCACAAACUGUUUCUUUUGCAAGCAGGGCAUCAACAAAGGCGAUUACCGCCUAGAAUAUGCAUAUGCCGCGAAGAAGCCGGCCCGGUCGUUGCAUCCCGAAUGUGUUUCUAGUACUGCUGCAGAGACUCUGGAAGGUUCCUUGCAAUGGCUAUCCACUCAGUUGGAUGGCAGUGGCAGUGCAGAACUAGAUGCCGAGAAGGCGUCGGUGUUGCAACAUGUUCGUGACAGGAUUCAUCGAUGCCAGCAUCGUGGCGCUUGA